GUCCCGGCCGGGCCAGGCAGUGUCUCGCGCUCUGCGCAUCUCUCCGGGGUCGCCGCGGGAACGAUGCUGGGCCGCAAGGGCGCGCGCGCGGGGCGCGGGAUGGCGCGGGGCUGGACCGCGCUCUGCCUGCUGAGUCUGCUGCCUUCUAUGGAAUUCACAGAUAUGAACAUGACUACUAAUGCCACAGUGCCACUCAGCCCAGGAACAUCUUCACCUGUCCCUGCAACUACAUCCAACUGGAGAAGCGUGAACUCAAGUACUUUUAGAAGCACCAGCCUCUACAAUGUCUCUCAGGACAGCAAUGGGACCACACCCAUCACCUUAGUUCCAGCGUCUGCAGUCAAUUUCACGUCUACCUCUGAGAGCCUCCCCGUCUCUGGAACCGUGAACUCUUCCGUCCCGUCACAGACCUCUUUCGCCACCACAGUGUCUUCCACCCUCAUCAGCUCUGCAACCACAGAGGCGACCUUGCAGCCCAGCACAUUUCCUGGAAAUAUUUCGGAUUCCCUAUACAAUAGUACCAGCCCUGUGACUUCUUCCAUUAAAACCUCUCCAUCAUUUUCUCCUACCCAAAGUAUCAUCAAGAAUGAAAUAAAAUGUUCCAGAGUCAAAGAAGUGAAAUUGACCCACAGCAUCUGCCUGAAGCUAAAUGAGACCUCCAGCUGUGAGGAGUUUAAGAAGAACAAUGAAGAGAAGCUGACCCGAGUCCUAUGUCAGGAGGAACAGGCUGAGGUGUGCUCCUUGCUCCUGGCCCAAUCUGAGGUGAAGCCUCAGUGCCUGCUGCUGGUCCUGGCCAACAGUACAGAAUGUUCUAGCAAGAUCAAACUUCUGAAAAGGCACCAGUCUGACCUGAGAGAGAUGGGCAUCCAGGAAGUCUCUGAAGAAGAUGUCAGCAGCCACCAGAGCUAUUCCCGGAAGACCUUGAUUGCACUGCUCAUCUCGGGGAUCCUGCUAGCCAUCUUGAUCGCCACAUGCUAUUUCCUGAUGAACCGCCGCAGCUGGAGCCCAACAGGAGAAAGGCUGGGCGAAGACCCUUAUUACGUGGAGAACAGUGGAGGCCAGGGCUAUAGCUCAGGCCCUGAGGCCUCCCCCGAGGCUCAGGGAAAGGCCAUUGUGAAUCGAGGGGCUCAGGAGAAUGGCACCGGCCAGGCCACCUCCAGAAACGGCCAUUCAGCGAGACAACGUGUGGUGGCUGAUACCGAACUGUGACGUGGCUGGGGAGGGGCGAGGCCGGGUGGGAUCAGGGGGAGGAGCCCCUCCCUUGGUCUGAGCGCUCUCGGCCUCCGCGCUGGAGCGGCGCCCCCUCACCGCCCACCCUUUCCCACUGCACACACCCACGGAGGCCGUCCUCGGAGCCCUGCCCUGUACCAGGCCGAGGGGUCUUCCUGCCCUCGACACAGUCAGCUCCCUGCACCCACCUCCAGGCUGCACUGAGGGAAGGUGUGAUGCGCACAGCCAAGAUGCUGAGAAGCUCCUCCGGGGGGUGGGGGGUGGGAUGGUCAGUCUUGCAGCUUCCAUGCGGGAGCCCCUUUCCUCCCCUUCCUCUCUGCCUCAUUACAGGAACUCCCAGGGGAAAGCAGGGGCUUUUCUGGGCUGUGAUUUCAUCCCAGGAGGUGUUACCUUUUCCUGUUUCUUCCUUGUAUUUUUUCUUUCUCUACUUUAGGAACACCAAAGCAACCCCUCACAGUUGCCCCUUUGUACAGAAAAUCAUGCCGUCUUAACCCAUCUCCGUUAUCCCCCUCUGAGGCACUGAACAUUUGCUCAUCAGCUCCCCUCUUGCUCUCUUAAGUUCCCCGAGCUCCAAGGUAAACCACCCCCCACCACCACCCCCACCUCUGUGGACCGAGGCCUGUGCAGCUUUUCUGGCUGAGCCUGGAACCAGACUCCAAGUUUUAGAACAACCUCCAGAGUCUGUGUGUUUGGAGGACCUGGUAGGGAUACACGUGGACACGUGUUCCCACUCAAAGGGCAGAGGGGUGAGGGCACACAGCUUGGUCCCGGUCCCUGCAGGGCCACACGGAGCCUCUGCUUGGGCUGCUGUUUCUGCCAGCGGAUCAGAGUGGACAGGACCACGGGACCAGAUCUCUGAGCCAGGCCUCUUGAUCCAUGCGCUUCAAAGGAAGCCUUUUGCUCUGAGGCUAGGUUCUGACUUUCACCUCUGUCUUGACGGCCUCCUCCCAUCUCUCCCUGACUCCUGGGUUGAGCUGUGGCCUCAGUCUCCCAGCAGACUCCUUUCUGUCUCUGUCUCCCCAACCCUGACCCUUUCACCGCUCUGCACCCCAUGCAGUCAGGGCCCCAGGACAUCUCCAGGGGACCCUCACCACAAGCCACCUUUUCUGCAGGUGACCCAGGUCCUCGUUUGUUGUUUUUUCUUUUUCCAGAAGGGUGAAAAGGGAUCCUGAUUUCAGUGACGGUUGGAAAUAGAACUUUCCAGAGAUAGGAAGAUGGGGUGGAUUUUUUGUUUUGUUUUGUUUUGCCUAUGUAAAUAAUGUAAUUAAAGUGAUACUGAAACACA